UCUUCCAAUAUACAUUAGAUUCCCAAAUAGGUAAUAGUGUUCCAAAAAUUAUUUACAAAUGGCUUACAUCGAAGAUAUUGUUUCACGUUCAUCAGUUUCAGUUAACCCACCAACUGUUGGUGUUGACAUCCAUGUAACUAGUCAUGGUACUGAUUGGUUAUGGACUUGUUUUGCUCUUUAUGUUGUUAGUACCCUUGUUCAUGGAGGAUUUUUCCUUUUCUCAAAGAAUCAUACUUUCAAGAGAACUUUAUUAGCAUUCCCAAUUUUCAUUAGUGCCGUUUUAGGUUUUGCUUAUUAUACUAUGGCAUCUGAUUUGGGUUAUACUGGUAUUGAUACUGAAUUUUCUCAUGCUGAUACUUUUGAUGGUACUGGUAUUAGACAAGUUUUCUAUGCUAGAUAUGUUGGUUGGUUCCUUGCUUGGCCAUUUACCUUGGCUUUAAUUGAAUUCACAAAUCAUCCAGUUGACUUUAACAGUACUGAACAAGAUUUGUUUACAAAGAUUUUCACAUUUGCUAGUAGCUUAUUUACAAAGGUUUUAACUGCCGAAUUCUUUGUUAUUAGUUACUUGGUUGGUAUUUUUAUUCAUUCUACUUAUAAAUGGGGUUACUUUGUUUUUGGUACUUUCUCAUUAUUAGUCGGUGUCUAUUUAGUUGGCUGGCAAAGUAUUUCUGGUAGAUAUAACAACUUUAAGCAAUCUGGGUUAAGCACUUUAUUCCUUGGUCUUUAUUUGAUCGUAUGGAUUUUAUACCCAAUUGCAUGGGGUUUGAGUGAAGGUGGUAACUACAUUCAACCAGAUUCUGAAUCUGUAUUUUAUGGUAUUCUUGAUUUGUUCAUCUUCCUUAUUAUUCCAGCUGGUUUAGCUUGGCCAUUAAUUAGAGAAGUUGAUGAAGAAUUCUUUAAGAAUGUUGUUAGUUUAGAAUACAGACACGGAGUUGAUGCAGAGAAGUCUAUUCCUGAAACCCCAAGACAUUCUGGUGACACCGCAGUUCCACCAUUAGGAGCUCCAGCUGUUGAGGAUGCUUAAGAGAGGCUUCUAUAAAGAAGUUUUUAAUAACGAUAUCCAUUAUGUGUUUAUGUGAUUUCUAGCUUAACGGUUCUUAUUUUCUUACACCAAAGUCUGAUGGUAAUUUUCUUAAUAUCUUUACUCUUCUUUUUUUUGAUCAUCAGCAUUCAUAUUUCUCCCUUAAUAUUUAAUUAGUAUUCUAAUAUAUACAUAGUUAUAUGCAUAA